CUUUUUUUUUUCUCUUCUCUUUUUUCCUCCACAUCUGAAGAAGAGAAACCCAUAAUUCCCCGCAACAAACAUCGUCACCACCCGCGCCGCCGUGGUCACCUGUCGCUCUUUGCGCAAAGUGACCUGUGACCAUCCGUUUCUUUAUAUUGCCGUGAUCUGUGUACCGCGCUGGCCGCGCUCAGCUAAUACCUACUCGUGGUCUUGCACCAGAGGCGGCUUCUACAUCACACUGGUUGUUUACUCUUUCCGUGAUAUCAUUUCCAUCCAGAAAACAAACAGGCAAGAUAAGAUACAUUAAAGGGUGAAGCGAGACCCUUUGGCAAUUCGGUUGGGGAUUGCUCAUUGCGCUCCCCUCGCCCAUCCCCACCGCCUCCGCCUAUCAAGUAACAGCCGGCACGGGAACCCUCGUCUGCCCACCCCAGGACUCUCCAAGAGAAGUCGGUCGAUUCCCGUUGCAAUCUCCUUUUCCGGAUCGCUCGCGGUCACUCUGCCCGCAUCUGCCCGCCGAAAGACGCUGCCACUGGCACUGGACACUACUGCUGGGAAGUCAAAGUCGACCUCGCCAGCACAAUCCCUUCGCCUCGGUCCUCCCUUUUUCCUCUCCUUCUGUUCGCACUCCUCCGGACUGCUUGUCACAGGACAUCCACACCAAGGAUCGAUAUUCGCACUCCCUUUGUGCGUGAUCGCGUCCACGGCCUGGCACCACCCCGUAUACAUCCCGCCGUACACAAAUACAGGACCCUCCUUGCUACACCCACCUUACCAUUACCCGCGACAGCGAUCGAUCCUGGCCGGUCGACGAGAAAGAAGCAUUCCAAACUAAUUACUCUUAUUUUCGCUCCCUCUCUCCGUCAUUCAUCCCAAACACCACCACUACUCCCCAGCCCUGCGCCGCCGGCUCCAGAUUCCGCUCAGCCUCGAGCCCAGCAAGUCUCGCACUCCCAUCGUCUGUCACCUUGCAGUGUCAGCCGAUCCGAAACCAAAUACGCUUUUCGCAACCACGCCUCAAAGAAGAAGCCGACCGCCCACCCGUGUCACAUCACUGGGACCGAUUCGGAACCCCAGGGACGUCGGAAAACAACAGGGAGAAAGAUAGACUUUUCAGCUUGAAAGGUGUCGCUAGGCCACGGCCACUUCGGCAACAGAACAGGAAGCGCGAUCGAGCAGCAGCAAUCGAUUUGGAAAGCAGUGCUUGCAUAUUUGUAGUGAACCAUCCUUCACGGCAUUCCACUUCAAGAACCUGCGCAAUCGGGUUCGAUCGAGUUCAAGGUCGAGCGCCAAUUAACAAACACACACACACCGGCUGUGGCAGCGUUGCGUUGCGUGGCAAAACACAGCCCUUCACGACUCAUCAUCCAGUCGGAACCCGCGGCCGUUGGCUGAUUCAGGUUCCAAGGGACAUCUGAGAUCGACGUGUUGGCUGCCAGUUCUUUUUAUACUUGGCCAGGGACAAACCAUCCAUCACCUCCUCCCGGCAAUUCGUCCAUUUUGCAAAGCCAAGUGCGCAACCCGAGCUUCUUAUCUGGUAUGACGCGAGCCCACGGCACGGCAACCCAGAACCGCAAGACACUUUAAAGACGUGUAUCACAGACCGCGCGUCCGCAUCCCGCAGCACGCAUCCGGAAGCGAUACGGCACCAUACGGCACCUGCUCAGAUAGCUCAGACCUACCUACCUACAAACCAGCGUUGGUGGCCACACAAACCGGGCAAUCCAACAACCACCAGCAUCAACACCAACCGAACGACGUGCACACCUCUGCAUUCCAGCAACCCUCCCUCCCCCCCCCCCCCCCUCUUCCCCCAACCAUCACAAGCUAGCCCACCAUGGCUUUUUUCCAGUCGGAGCAGAAUGAUCAGCGGUCUGCUGCUGGCUUGUCGCUCAAUUCAAACAAUCCUUUUCGCAACCGUGACCGCGCCUCUCCCACCUCUUCAGGACCUCAAGUAUCUCCAUUCGACGAUCCCCCUCCAAGGCCUACCUCGCGGAACCCUUUCCUCGAUAUUGGAGCUGCCAACAGCACUCGUCCGACUGCACAAACCAACCGAUCAGUUUCCGACACAAUGUCUGGCUUUGACAAGAGGUCGUCUGCCACGGCCGAGGACCUGUUUGCUUCCAUCACGCUCGAUGACAGACCUUCUGGCUCAAAGCCACCCCCGCCGCCGGUCGCCCGCCGACCUGUCCCUCCCCCAGUAGCCAAGUCCAGAGGACCUCCUCCCGCUCAUCGCCCCUCUCGCUCUCAAGAGGAAGACGUUCGCUCCAGGAAGCCUCGUGGAAACGGAGGUAGCGGCACACUCAUCGACAUCGACUCUCCCCCGCAGCAGCGAAGAACAGAGAGGCGUCCGCGCAGGAACUCGGAUACGUCUGUCCUCGACUUGACCGAGGAUGAGAAAGAGCAGAGGGCUCGUGAUGCCAGGCGGCGUGAGCGUGAGCGUGAGCGUCGCCACCGCGAAAACAAGGAGAAGAAACCCACCAACCGCAAGCUCGACAUCAUCGACCAGCUUGAUGCCACAAGUAUUUACGGAACCGGAAUGUUCCAUCACGACGGCCCAUUCGAUGCUCUUAACCCCCACCGGAACAAGAACGGAAGUCGACGUGCUCCUAUGGAAGCCUUCCCUGAAGGCUCGUUGAACAACAGUCUGGGUGGUGCUGGACCUUUGAACCCCCGGCCCGAUCAUGCCACAUUUAUGGGUCAACACGACGAAGAGGCCUAUAGAGACUGGACUACCAGGGACAAGGGCCUUCCGUCCAAGAAUGAGCUGCCCGUCUUUGACCCCACUUCCCGCGGCAGUGCCAUGCACGGCGACGAGUCCCUGGGACUUGGCACUUCGACUUUCUUGGAGGGCACACCGGCUGCGCGUACCGCGAUCCAGCAACGCCAGGACGAGCUUGCUCAGGAGUUGACUACCAACGGUCUGGCGCGCAAGAAGUCCCUUGCCCACCGGAUACGCAACAUCAACAAGAGCACCUCCCGCGAGCGAGAGUUCCAGUCUCUAGGCCGACUCAACAGCGCAGAUUACGGGUACACAAGAUCCCCCCCCGGCGAGGGUGGUAGAACUUCUAACAGCAUGAAUACACCCAACUCUGAACGCAACCCCUUCUUUUCAGAAUACAGCCAGGGCAAGGGAGGAGAGGAGGGCUUUAGUGUGCGGAAGACCGACAACAACAGCCCUAGAGGCAACAUGGAGCGCCGGGCUACUACGGAUGCGGCCAUGACCCUCGAGGAAGGACAGCAAAAGCCUACUGGCAUUUUGGGCCGCAUGAAGAGCUUGAAGGGCGGACGGAGGACCCGUCCGGCCCCUCCCGGCCCUGACGCUGGUCCUGUGCCCUCGCAAUUUGCGUAGAAACGAGGAUUUGUGGGGUGAACGGCGAAAUGGUGACACGAUCUCGCAUCAAGACCUGAAGCGGAAAUUUGCUGAGUUGUUUUACGCCAAUAUUUGACGUGAGGAAUCGCGAAGCACGACAUAUGGCUCUAUACAUGGUCGCUGGGAUCGUUCGAGCAGGACCUCCGUUCUGGGCAAGGGUUGUUUCUCGGUAGUCACAUUGGAGGAAUCGAUCGCGGCAUGCAGGAACACUCCUGUACAAAAAAAUUGCUAAUGUUUUGCUUUUGGUGCGCAAAUAAUGGGAGGAGAGUAACAGGCGUGCUCGUUGGGACCGCCCCUCCUAUGGUGCUCUUAUUAUCUUUCUUUUCUCUCUGUCUGUUUAGUUUUUUUGUUAAAACGUCAAUGGGAGUCGACGAUUCCUUCUAUCGGACGGUUGUUUUUCGCGGUCGUUUUUAUUUCUUGCAUUGUUUCCUCCUGCAGCUGCUUUCAACGAGAAUCAACGCACAGUACCAUACCAAGUUCACCUCGCACAUGAUUAAGGGCAUUAUUACCUUUGGAAUUCUACGGUUUACUGUCCUUGAACUAACAUGGAAUAGUGUUUGUUGUAUGUAUGUAUUAUUUGAAAAUUUGAGAAAACGAAUGAUGGACUGUGGUACAUCUAGAGAUUUGCAAUC